CGGAAACCACUCCGCUAGCCCCAGUGCCACUCCGGAUAUGGUCGACAAUCCCGUGUGCUAAUCCGGUAUCUGUUGUAGCAGUACUACUAGUACCUUCCAGUGUCCAAACAAAGUCAAGCACUCAACUCAAGCCCCGCUGCAGACAUAUAUAAAUACGACCAGAUCCACCGAUGAUGCUUAUCAGUUACCACUACUCUUCGGUACCAUUCGCAACUACACAUUCUUGUCUAUUCGAUCCUACAAGUAUCUAUUCGAUUCUACCACAUCCAUCUCAAGAAGAAGUUGAUCAUCCUAAUCCUAGCUAGAGCCUAGAUGGGGUCUCUGAUGGCCGGCUGGGAUUCGCCGGUUCUUGGCGAUGACACCAAAGCUCGUGUGAUGAGGAACCGGUCCCUGACAAAGGAGGAGGUGGAGGCCUUCUGGAGGCAGCGCGGGAAGCCGGCGCGGGAGGACGGCGGCGGUGAGACCCUUGCCGUCGACGUCACCUCCCUGUUCGCCUCCCCUGGUCGACCUAUGGAGAAGAGCCCGCUGGGAAGCUCGCAGAGGAGCAGGUCACCGGCGUCGUCUCCGGUGGCUGCCGGCCACGAGGAGAUCGACGCAGCUGACGCCGCCGACGCCGGCAAGAGCCGGGACUGGUGGACGAGGAGCAACUGGGCCUUCCUCAACGAGCCGCCGCACGAGGAGAGGCCGGGCACGGCGCACAGCUACACGCCGCAGUUCCACGUCGCCGCCCGCAACGCCUGACCGGACAUGUCCGUAGAGUGUACGCAAUACUAGUACCAUGUCACGCUGCUGGAACAAUGCCUAGGCUAGGCCUACUGCCUGCACCGCGUGGAGAUGCACCAUAUGUCCAUAUGGGUCAUUUCCCUGUAAAAUGUCCCUUGUACAAUAGAUGUAUUGUAAAUGUAUAUUUAAGUUGCCUAUGUAUUAUGUAAGUAAAAUACAGAGUGAAUUUCAAAAUGAUAAAAUUAUAUGA